GCAACGGGAGAAAGGGUAUCACAAGUAUCUUAUGCCUACUGCUGCCGACCUCUUUGGGAUGCGACAAGUUCGCGAUAUCGUGGAGUUGCCUGCUCAUCUGACUCUCACCUGCGGAAGAUUUUCAGCCUGUUCGUGAGGAGUUAUUUAAAAUAGUCGAUACUUGGAAGCGCUGCAAUGGUCAUGAUUUGCGGUCAGACUUGCUAUGGCGGCUUGAAAUCCACCCACCGUACUGGCUUGACAGACUCUGUUCAAUGCGAGAGACUUGCUGUUGCUGUCUUUACGUGCACAGGGUGGCUUUGCGACGACAUUCCUGAGCCUAAUGACUCGCCUCGGUACAUGUACUUCCCAGAGUACCUUCACCAUAGAUGCAAUCGGAUCCGGCGACGAGCAUGGAAUGAACUCGACCCUCCUAACACGUUUGCAAUGGGCCAAGGGUAUCCGGGAAAUACUGUACAACGAGAGUGGUCCAUGGACGACCUCGAGUUAGAUAAGAAGGCCUCCCAAACCGUGAGGAACAUCAUCGAUGCAUGCGACUUAGACUGGACAGAGGUAACAGUGUCGGAGCUCGACAAUCUGGAUCCUAGGUUGGUCUGCCUAAAGUGCAGCUACGGCAACCACUGUGAUGGAGAGAGACCUAUGAUGGUCCGUUCGUGGCGAGAAUCUGUCAAACAUUGCACCAAGAAGCAUUGGAGUGACUCCACUGUGAAGUGGCAGAAAAUUUCAGAUGAGGAGAGUAGAAGUCUUCGCCAAGACCAGGAGGAAGCCGCCGCGAGCACUACGACACCUCCACGCAAAAUUUGGCGGUGCACUCAUUGUCAUGACAAGCCUGGAGAACCGGAGAAAAUGACUGUGCAGGGAAUGAUGGAUCACUUGGAGGAUCAGUAAGAGCUCCAUCGUGUAUGCAUAUUUCUCUCGGCUGAUAUCGACUCUGCGAAGCCAUUCGAUAGAUCUAAUCAAUCAAGUUGCCGGAAAAGACUUUGCUGAAGCUUUGGACGUGCCUCCUACAACGAUUCCUUCUGUGAAGUUGAAGCCGAAAGCCGU